CCGCCGCGUCAAUAAAACAGCAAUAAUAUAGCUGACACCAUUUCUUCUUCAUUCAACUUUUGCUGUCGUAUUUUCUGAUCUACAAAUCGCCUCAACACGAAUAUCUCUAUACAGCACAUUUUUUGAAUGGGAAUGGCCGCAAUUCUGACAAAGUGCAUCGUCACCAUCUUUUUGGUUUAUUCCGUUUGCUGCUGUAAUUGCCAAUCAGACGGCAGCCCCAGCGUUUGUUCUUCUUGGACCAAACUGCAAAUCUCACCGGAUCCGUUCACUUCGAUGGAGUACGGCAACUUUUUCAUCGACAUUUACGAACACCCAAACAACAAGAAAUCGGCGACUGCUGCCAGCGAGAAAAAAUAUUUCUAUUCACCCAUUGGGCUGUUGGACAACCAAAGUGCAGUGAGUACUUACAACAGGAUUACGAAACAGCCAGAAAUGAGAUUCCGCAUUGAAAUGUGGAACGACAAAGUCCAAAAACAAGUUGUUAAACAUUUGAGUGAAAUCGUGGGUCACGAAAUCAAAUACAAUCAAGUGAGAGUCAUUCCCUUAGAAAAGUUUAUCCUCAAAAGCAGCAAAGGGCCAACAGUGGAUUAUUCACUGCCGGAGUGGACAAAGUAUGAAAAGAGCAAAACCCUGCGGAUUUCUCUGUCUUGUUAUGACCAGAAAUUCUGCGACGAAAUGGCCAGUGAAAUGCGAUCCGUUCCCGAGCAUUUUGACCACUUUAAACUCUUGUACAGUUUGUCAUCGGAGGCGUCGCACAUCAAACAAGCCACCAUCAAUGUCGACAGUGUUACUUCAGGCCAAAUGGUCAUUAGACUUUUACAGAAAUUUGGGGACCAAAACGAAGUUUUUCUCUCGGCCGACGAUGAGAGAAAAAUGUUGACGGAAAUGGCCAGCAAAAUUCAAAUGGACACAUUUGCUGACUCCGAAGUCGGCACUCCAGACGCGGAGAUUAUAAUCUAUUCUUUUUUAAAGGAUUUGUUGGUCAUGUCCAGGACGACCAUUAAAGAACAAAGUGACGAAAUGUGGGACUCUGUUUUCUGGACUGAAGACAAUUACCGGCCUGACAGGACAACGAGAAUUUUGAACGAAAUCGUCAAUAAACUGGGCACUGAAACUCGGAAGAAACUGGCGGACAUGUUUCAAAAAGUGGUGAAGCAAACAGAAAAAUCAACUUCAAGUAAUAAAGGCGUCGAGAAAAGACGAGAGGUUUUGACCAUUUCAAGGGAAAUGGCAAACGAUUCCGACAGUUCCGGACGGGUUGAAAUUUCGAAAGAAGAUGUGAAAAAGUUAUUGCAAGAAAGUAAAAACCACGUCCAAUGGGAUGGGGAGAUAUUCGUGUUCAAACCCAUACAACUGAGCCAAAUCAAUUUGAGCAAAUUUAGUGAUUCCCAAUCCUUUCAGGAUCGCAACGUCCGCGUCCGUUACACGAACGCCGAACUGUCGGCGUCAAUCAAAUUUGUAGAACAUGUCGAAUUGACUGUCACUGACGAAUGGAAUAAUCUGAAGGACGAACUCAAAGACACUGUGAUGACGUUGGUGAAAACGAAUACCGAACUUGGUUAUUUGAAGACUGAUUUCAUAGAUUUAACUAGUAAAUCAGAAGCGUGUAAGCAGGAGUUGAUGAAAACCAAAAUCGAGAUGGAGAACAAUUUCAGCAAAAACGUCCAUGAUUUAUUAACAAAAUUAAAUUCAACUGGAAAAGAAUUAAGACAAGAUAUCAAGGCCAGUGCCGGAAAAUUGUCAACUGAACUCAAAGUAUACGUGCAACGAUUUAGUCACGAACUCAAAGAAGUUGAAGACAAUCUGAGAAAAGACCUGAGUGCAACUUCGGAUCUUUUGGAAACGACAACAACAAAUUUAACCUCAACAAGAAUGGAAUUGGGAAACACGAAAUCCGCCGUCGAUGAUCUGACAUCCCAAUUAAAUGACAGAACGAGUGAAAUAGUCGACAUUGGUAAAAUGCCAACCUCAUGUUCAGAUCUGCAGCGAAUGGGAUAUAAAUUAAGCGGAUUUUUUUCUGUAAAAGGACCGAAAAAGAAGAUGGAAAUGGUUUACUGUGACUUUUAUCCUAAUCGAAACGACAAACAAAAAACGAUCGGAUACGCCGAUAUUAAAUCAGCACCCGUCUAUUUUCACGUCCAGAGAAAUACGACAAGCCACAUGACUAACACUCCCAUUCCGUUCGAAUUUGCGCGGUUAAACGAGGGAAAUGCUAUGAACUUAACAACAGGGAAAUUCACGGCCCCGCGAACGGGAAUUUACUUCUUCUCAAUCACUGGGAUUUGGUAUAACAAUAGUUUACGGUUUUAUUUGAACGGAAAUCCCUUCGGGAGAAGCGCGGGCCACGGUAUUACUGCGGCUGUUUCAAGGACCUUCCAGUCCGUUUUGAACUUGAAAAAAGACGAUCAAAUCUGGGUGCAGAUUGAGGGAAACCAUUUGCAUGAUGACGGUAACCACCACACUCAUUUCACUGGCUUAAUGUUGGAGGAAGAACUCGCCGACUUUGCGAUUUCGUAAUCCUCUAACAUGCGCAAAAACAUCUUCGACUGACAACUGACUCGUAAAUGACACGAAGGAACAAAAGGGGAAAUGGAAGAAAAUUCAUUCGAUGCUAAUUCCGGGCUAAUUCAUUGAGGUGUGGGAAUUUCUUUAAUCUUUACUCAAAUUUUACUGUUUAUGCAA